CUCGAUGCCUCUGUCUAUAUAUAAAUGUGGUUAUUGUUGAGGUUUGAUGAGCUAAGUUGAACCAACCAACCAAGCAGCUAAUCUAAUCCAGAAAACAGAUCUAUCAAGAAUGAAGAUGUGCUGCAGGUUGGUAGCAGCAAGUAGUAGUAGUGUGAUUCUGCUCUGGAUUUUGUUGUCACAGGGAAACGAUGUCCAAGCAACCGCACGCCCCCUUACAGAUCCUAAACGUUUGGAGCAAUCCGCUGCAGAGUACAUCACCGUAACAGGGUGCAACAAUGACUGCGACAUAGCUUGCUGCUAUUGUGACAUCCGGAAGCGCCCGCCCCUCUGCGUGCAAUGCUGCAAAGAAUGGCACUGACUCUAGCUACCGAUGUUGCUAAUGUACAUUCAUCAUUGAAACAAAUCCUUCCCCCCUCUCUCUCUCUUUUAACGACAUUAAUGUAAUGAGUUUUUCUUAACAUUAUUAUGAAACUGCCCCGUCUAAGAUUGGACUGUGUUAAUGAAGUUGAGUGGAUAUU